UGCCAUUCAUCACUGCUGAAGGCCUGAAUCCAGGGCUGGGGGCCCAUCCGUGAGAGGGGAGGGGCCAGGGGCGGCCCCCUUGUGACCAGCCCUGAGGAGAGGUCACGGAGAAGACCGGCAGAGGAGCGCCUGGACAGCAGCUGCUGACUUUCUAGAUCAAGCGCGCCUUGGGGACCCAGGCUUGGGAGUGAGCCGAUGGCCCACGUUCGAGAAGCGUCCCGGUCCUCCCGGUCGGUCGCCUGUUGGAGUUCGGGAGGUCGAAGAGCCUGUUUGGAGCAGGCAGCUGAGCAAGCAGCGAGAAUGGAGCAGAUGAUGCGGGGUACACAGGGACCCAAGGAGAACAAGCCGGAGCAGUGGCCAGAACCCGAGCCCACGUCGGAGAACUUAACAACUAGGGCCAGUGGCAGCGAUGAGAAGGUGCUCGCUUCCACCCUGGCUGCUUGUCACACCAGCUCCAGCUUGGUUUGCCCGCGCCGCAAGCCCCGCCCUCGGUCCCAGCCCAGGUCCCGCUCCAGGGGAGGGCGUGGGCUCAAGGCCCCACCCUCGCCUCCCUCCAAACCUCCGCCACCCCCUCCUGCGCCGCCACCUCCACCCCCGCCCCAGCUGCGGUCGGUGGCCUGCCGCAAAUCUAGGCGUAGAGCCAGGCCUGCACCUAGAUCCCAAUCACGGAAAAGCUCCUCUAGUGAUCUAGGCUACUCUGGGGAUCCAGAGAGCACAGAAUACCCGUUAUUAGAGGUUGUGUCUAAUAAAGGUCCCACAGGCUGCCCUCAUGUAGAGAGCAUUAAAGUAGCCAAAAACUGGCGGAAGAACCUGCGGAUGAUCUACCAGCGAUUCAUUUGGAGUGGAACUCCGGAGACUAGGAAACGUAAGGCAAAAUCGUGCAUCUGUAAUGUAUGUAGUACUCAUAAGAACAGACUCCACUUAUGUGUCUCCUGUGUAUUUUUUGGAUGUUUUACUGAGAAACAUAUUCAUAACCAUGCAGAAACAACACAACACAGUUUAGCAGUAGACCUCUGCCAUGGGGUUAUAUAUUGCUUUAUGUGUAAGGAUUAUGUAUAUGAUAAAGAUAUAGAAAAGAUUGCCAAAGAAACAAAACAGAAACUUCUGAAACUAUUAACUUCGACUGCAGUAGACGUAUCUGAUCAGCAGUGUAUGUCACUGGAGGCUGACGAAAAUCAAUCAACCUCUGAGUCCAAAGAUCAGGAGACUGCUUUGGUAAAACCUAAGAAAAAGAGGAGGAAACAGACAGUUUAUUACACUAUAGGAGUUAGAGGUUUGAUCAAUCUUGGGAACACCUGCUUUAUGAAUUGCAUUGUCCAGGCACUUACUCACAUUCCGCCACUGAAAGAGUUCUUCCUUUCCGAUAAGCACAAGUGCGUAAUGACAAGCCCUAGCUUGUGUUUGGCUUGCGAAAUGUGUUCGCUAUUUCAAGCCAUGUAUUCGGGGAUUCGAUCACCUCUUAUCCCCUAUAAAUUACUGCACCUGAUAUGGAUUCAUGCAGAACAUCUAGCUGGCUACAGGCAGCAGGAUGCGCAUGAAUUUCUUAUUGCAAUAUUAGAUGUGCUGCAUAGACACAGCAGAGAUGAUAGCAUCGAGCAAGAAGGCAACGCCAAUUGCUGUAACUGCAUUAUAGAUCAAACCUUUACAGGUGGCUUGCAGUCAGAUUUGACAUGUCAAGUCUGUCAUGGUGUCUCUACCACUAUAGACCCAUGCUGGGACAUCAGUUUGGAUUUGCCUGGCUCUUAUAGCCCAGAGAGGGCUUGUAGCUCAGUGAAUAGCGAUGACGACAAAUCAACAGUCACCUCACUUACAGAUUGCUUGCAAUGGUUUACAAGACCCGAGGAUCUGGGAAGUAGUGCCAAAAUCAAAUGCAAUCAAUGCCAAAGCUACCAGGAAUCUACCAAACAGCUCACAAUGAAGAAAUUACCGAUUGUGGCCUGCUUUCAUCUGAAACGGUUUGAACAUUCUAGCAAACAGAGGCGAAAGAUUAAUACUUUUAUCUCAUUUCCUUUGGAACUGGACAUGACUCCCUUUCUGGCCUCUACUAAAGAGAGCAUAAUGAAUGGCCAGCCAUUAGCCGAAUGUGUGCCCAGUGAGAAUAAGUAUUCUUUGUUUGCAGUGAUUAACCACCAUGGAACUUUGGAAGGUGGCCAUUACACCAGCUUUAUUCGUCAAGAAAAGGAUCAGUGGUACAGCUGUGACGAUGCCAGGGUCACCAAGGCUACAAUGGAGGAGUUACUCUGUAGUGAAGGGUAUCUACUCUUCUAUUACAGGCAAGAUAUAGAAAGAGAAUAAUCUUAUCCAGAACACUUUCCAAAAAAUUAUAAUAAAUAAAUAAAAGAAAAAAAAACAAAAAAAAAGAGUAAGGAUCCUAAAGUGACAAACAACACAAGCCUACCUUGAAUAGACUAUUACAAUGCCAUUACAACAACGAGCACCUCUUAAAGAAACACAAAAAUCUACCUGGAGUGGACAUUAACCAUAAUACCUAUAUGACAAGUGGCACUUUGGCAUAAAGGGUCUAUUUUUACCCUGUCCCAUAACUUUAUGGGAGGAAGACACUGAGUUAACUGUGACCAUUUAGCCUUAAGAACUGGAGGGAGGGAAGGAGAGAUUGAAAAGGGUCACAUAAAGAAUAUUAAGUGAAUUCUCAAGGUGGAAUGAGAGGGGAUAUUUUGCAAUUACUAUGUGUUCUUUAUUUUUUCAGAGAUAUUGUGUUAAGUGGGGGGUAUCUUUUGGGGGUUUUAAUUGAUUGUGGUUAUUGUUAUAAGUGCACAAAUAGUAUGAAAAAAACCAAAUAUUUUAAAAGAAAAACUUUAAAGCUUUAAAAGAAAACCAUUAGAAACAUUUUUGAAAGUUUUAAGAAAACAUUUUAAAUGUCAAAAUUUUAAGUUAAGUAUUUUAGAAGAAAUAUUUUUCAAUGUUUUUAAUUUAAAAUGAUUCCAAAUUGUUAUUGUGUGAAAAUAGAGUAUUUAGAAAUUCUUACAAUUUAAGAUGAAAUAUGAAAUUUUUUAAGGUAGUUCAUGAAAGAAACACUUUAAUUUAAAAACAGUAAAGGAAAAUCUUUAAAAGCCCAAUGUGAAAACAUUUAGAUUCUACAAAU